GGAAGGGGGCCGGCGGAUAGUCCGGAAGUGGAUGCUCUGCUCCGGACUGCCGCCGCCGCUACCACCACCAACACAGCUUAUAGGAGGAUGCACUGGCACAGCUGGGUGCAGAAUGAUAUCCCAGCGUGAUAAAGGAGAAUUUGCCCGAUUCUACACUGUGAGCGAUCCAAAGAAACACCAGAAAGGAUACACCGUGUACAAAGUAACUGCCAGGAUUAUCUCCAGAAAAAACCCUGAAGAUGUUCAAGAGGUAAUUGUCUGGAAAAGGUACAGUGACUUUAGGAAGUUGCACAAGGAGCUUUGGCAGAUCCAUAAAAAUCUCCAUAGGCAGCCUGAACUGUUUCCACCAUUUGCCAAAGCAAAAGUUUUUGGUCGCUUUGAUGAAGUUGUAAUUGAAGAGCGGCGGCAGUGCUCAGAGGAUCUUCUACAGUUUUCGGCAAAUAUUCCAGCUCUCUUCAACAGCGAACAUUUUGAUGACUUUUUCAAGGGUGGAGAGGUGCAUGAUGGCUCUGAACUGAUUGGUCCAGCUGAACCGUUUUCCGACUUUCUUGCAGACAGUUUAUCAGAUUGCAGUUCUGAAGUUACGAAAGAUAUCAGCGGAUUAAGUGAUGUGACAGCGACCAGUCAUUCGGAGUGUGGAGGCUUCUCAAGUGACAGUGACCUCAUAUCUUUGCUUGUGGACACAGACUCUCUUGCCGAGCUUGAUGAUGGAAUGGCAUCGGCCAGGGACUCACCAGUCAAGCAGCUUGUGUGUCUCAGUCCAUCAUCAGAGUCCAUCAAUAAAGACCUCCUAUGCAAUGAACCAGAGAUGAGAAGAGAUGGAGCCGAGGGUGGCAGUAGGGCAUCUAUUUUCCCUGGCAUUCCCAAGCCCAAAACACAGAAGAAAGACUACCUCGAGAAAGCCGGAGAACAGAUCAAACUAGCUCUGCAGAAAGAAGCUGAGCAGGACUUUGAGGGUGCCUUCUCUUUCUACCGGAGUGGAGUAGACCUGCUUCUGCAAGGAGUUCAAGGUGAAACAAGUCCCUUGCGCCGUGAAGCUGUCAAAAGAAAAACAGCUGAAUAUUUAAUGCGUGCCGAACAAAUCUCCAGUCAACACCUAAAAACAUCAUCAGAAAAUGGAUCCUUCCAGGUAAAGCCUCCGGGACUGCUAAGUUCAAGGCCCACUUGGAACCUGAGGAGCCCUGCAGAGGAACUGAAGGUCUUCCGAGUCCUUGGGGUGAUUGACAAGGUGUUACUGAUCAUGGAUAAGAGGACACAAGAAACCUUUAUUCUGAAAGGUCUGAGGAAAAGUAGUGAGUGCAGCAGGAACAAAAAGACCAUCAUCCCCCACUGUGUUCCAAACAUGGUGCGUCUGCACAAGUACAUCAUCUCAGAGGAUUCCAUAUUCCUUGUGCUGCAGCAUGCAGAAGGAGGCAAAUUGUGGUCAUAUUUAAGCAAUUUUUUAAAGAGAAGCACUGAAGAAAGUUUUCCAAUGUCUAACAAUGAAAGGCCUCUUCCUGUGGUGAUUCAUGGCAUGGAUGAAUUGAUUCCUGACACCGAAGAUACUGGCAGCAGCAUUGAAUCUGGAGAGCAAAACCCCGGGAAUACUUUGCAGGUAUUGCCCAUGAAGACCAGCCUCACACCUGUCUCCCAGGAUGACAGCAGCAUUGUAGAUGACGAUGGUGGCCUGGAUAGUUCUCAUGGUUUGCUUGACUCGGAUGGGACCUCUGAAGAGGAGUGCACCAAUAGUUACUUGACGCUAUGCAAUGAGUAUGAACAGGAGAAGAUUGAACCUGACUCUCUGUCCGAGGAGCCUCUUUUAGUAGCAGAGCCUCCAGUGUCAGACAGCAAGGAAGCCGCCACAAGUUCUCGAGCACAUUCGUUGCUCAGCAAUGACAGCUUGUGCUCUCCCAUCUCUGCACAAGAGCUUCAGUUUUUUACGGAUGAUGCCAACUUGGACAUGUUCAGUCCAAGCAAAACCACAGACUCUCUGAUGCUCUCUAAAAAGAGUCCCAUGGAAUUUUUUAGGAUAGACAGCAAAGACAGCGCCAGUGAACUUCUUGUCCCUGACUCCGCAGAGAAGAUUCCAAAUUUGAAAACGGACCUGGCCCCGGGGCCUCCUUUUCUUUCUGUAUCGCCUGGGGACACCAGUUCUGGAUCUACCGAUGCUCUUGAGACGGGUGCCUUUACAGACUUUGACAGAGAGUCAAACGAGUCGGUUCCCGUUAUUUCCUUUAAAGAUGCAGCCUCUGCAGAUACAGGGAGUUGUGACGAAGGUCGCCCAGACCUCCUUGUAAAUUUACCGGGUGUUUCCAGUCUUCCCGGUGAACAGACGUUGGCAAAAAUGAGUGCGUUGAAAGAGCUAAAAGAAACUGUGGAAUUUAGAAAGCCAGAUGUUUUACAGCUGAGCUACCACUUAGACCAGGAGAUGGCCUUAGGUGGCACCGUCAAAAGCUCCGGUGCUAGUAAUGAAAAACUUGUAUUUGACCGGUUUGAAAGCGAAAAAGCAGACUGUUUGAGUGAUCCGAGUGCUGUUACAAACGGCGUUGUAGGAGAUCAUGAAACCGGACUUACCCAUGUCGCUUCUCAGGACGGUGGCUCUGGGGCCCUGGACCUUAGCAAAUUGUCUGAUGGUCUGCCUGAUGAGUCAGAAAAGAAGAUGGCUAAGCCCACACAAUUCCAAGAAGGGGAGAAUCCUCACAUACUGCUUUUUACAGAAGAGUUCGACAGCGACGACAAAGGUGAAGAGUCCAAAAAAAAACGCAGCAGUGACGAGGGUGCGGGGCAAGACAAGGACAUGUCCCAGAUCUUCCGAGACCUUGACGAACUUUUAGUUUUAGCCUCACAAGCUCACAUCCCCGAGGUGUGGAUUCGACACUGGGCCGUCGAGCUGGUGGUUGCCCUUGAUGCGCUUCACCAAGAAGGGAUUGUGUGCCGUGAUUUGAACCCAAACAACAUCUUAUUGAAUGAUAGAGGACACAUUCAGCUAACAUAUUUCAGCAGGUGGAGUGAGGUUGAGGAUUCCUGUGACAGCAGUGCCAUAGACAGAAUGUACUGCGCCCCAGAAAUUGGGAGCAUAUCUGAGGAAACCGAAGCCUGUGAUUGGUGGAGCCUAGGAGCCAUUCUUUUUGAAUUACUAUGUGGAAAGUCACUUUAUCAGUGCCAUCCAGCAGGGAUCAAUAGGCACACCGUGCUAAUCAUGCCGGAUUACGUGUCAGACGAGGCCAAAUCCUUAGUGCAACAGCUUUUACAGUUUAAUCCCACUGAGAGACUUGGUGCUGGAGCGGCGGGUGUGGAGGACGUUAAAUCUCACCCAUUCUUUGCCCGCGUGAACUGGCCAGCCUAGCUUCAUGAAACACUAAGCCAUCUGGAUUGCUGCUUUAAGAGUGGCCAACACCUCAGUAGAGAGCAGAGAAGCCAAUGGAUGAGAACACUUCAGGCCUUCUGAAAAAUGAACUUUUUACGUUGUUCCUGUACUAUCUUUCAUAAUUUAUUGCUGGUGGGUUAUGAUUGCUAACACACUACUUGUUUUUUACAUGACAAAUAGCUCUCAGUCCCUUCAUAAAAAGCAAUUUAUUAAACACCUUUAAGCAGAUCAAUAGAAACACUAUAAGAUGACUCUGUACAUGUCUGUUUAUAGGUGUUAAUUACUGAGGAAACCAAGUAAUAUAAUUUAAAAAAAAAAAAAAUCUUACAAUUGGAGUGCUGUUUAUAUAAUGGAAUGGCACACUUAGCAUCUGCAAACCAAAUGUUCACUUUGAAAGGCUGUCAAGAUACUUAUUUACGUUGUCAGUGUGUUGCUGAUUAUGUAUGCCAAGGUACUGAACCAGAAUGAGAAGGGGAUUUAACACGUAUUUUGUGUUUCUUUUAUUUAUUAGCAGUGCAUGAUGCUGAAAAACGAGAUGGCACUGGUGUCUGCCCAGGAGCAGCCAACCCGGUUUGUUUUACUUUAUACAUAUAUCCUGUCAUUGAACUGAAAGUGUUUGUUUAACUUGAACACUUUGUGCAAAUAAUGAGGUGUUGGUUAAGGCAAACCUCGUGUUUUCUUACUAAUGCAUGUUUACAUUUUUUUUUUUUUUUUAAGUUCACAAAGUUCUUAUAUGAAAUGUUUUCAACUGUAAAUUAACUGAAUAGACCUUUACAAUAACAAUAUUUUUUAAAGAUGCUCUGAAAUAUGAAUACCAUUUACAGGUUUUCAAAUGUGCUACACUCGAAUUUAACACUAGAGGACAGGAGAGGCAAACAGCGUGUGCAAUUUGGAGUGCUUAUGCAGUGACUACGUCCGAAGGGUCCGACACACAGCAAGUGUUGACCAUUCACUGUCGGAGACUGGUGCUUGGUGAACAAUAGGGUGUGCAAAAAUGCCAGGCGUUUGAGCUCUCAUCAAUGAGAGAACUAGUGGCCACUGGCUGGUGUCACGCGAGGAUGAGAAUUGGAACGAAUUUAUCAUAGCAGGUCCUGAUUUUGGGAAUCAGUCGUCAUUUCCAAAUUGAUUGAGAAUGUGCGUGAGUGGGCUAACGCUGGGUUUACUUCCUGCUGUGUGCCCAGUGCUGCAAAAUGGUGCUCUGAAUUGGAUUAGAGUUGGGCUUUAAGAAAGUUCUGGCUUAGAUGUUUCAAAGCCACUUCACAGCAUAAAGGAAGAGCUACUGCUGACUACAGCUGUGUUACUCCGCUAACAGUGUGAACCUUCUAGGAAACUCAUGUGCCAUUUAUUUUCUAAAUACUCAUAAAUUCUAAAAGCAGACUGAUGAAUAGCCCUCAAAUAGCAGGCACUGUUUCUGAGCUUUGGCAGAGAGCUCUCAAAACUCAUUGUGGGCUCUUUUAUUGAAAACUCCAUUAAAACAUCCGUGUGGGUUCUAACUUCAGGCAAAUCGUGCAGGUAAAGCUGGUCUGAAUGUGUUCCUGGAUCAUCAUUGUGCUGUAUAUGGAGCUGGUGUCGAUGUGCAAGGGAGAAACCUGGCAUGGCACGGCACAGCACACAAGUUUGGCAGACCACCCCUUAGAUACGCACCCAGACAAUUUAGAUUUGUCGAUCAGAAAGAUGGAAUAUCUUUAGAUUGUGAAAGAAACCCAGAGUUACCCUGUGAAGAUGUGCAGGAAUGCAGGUAAUACGUGCCAACUCCACGAAGCUGGCAAUGGAAUCUGGGUCUCCUGUUUUGAUGUGGCACUGCUACCAGCAUUGCAACCCGAUACAUUCAUAUAUGGCUACACUAUAUAUGCAGAUACUUUGGGUGACAAUAAUAAACAUCAUUGGCCUUUUGCUUGUACCCCAUUUUAUAAACAACAAAAACUGACCCAACACAGGCACUUAAAUAACAGAUGGAAAAUAGCAACGGUCCAUUUAUGUGCUCUUCAGUGUUCUGCUUGUCUGUCGACUGUAUUGUCCUCAUGGGUAGCAGGGUCUACAUUGUCAGCUGACUUCCAGUCACGUCUCUUCCUGCUUUAGGUCCAGAGUGGAAGGUUUGGGGUCAGAAGUUGUGUCAGUGUUUGUCCCAAAAGUUGUUCUCCGCUCCGAGGGAAACAAAAGUGGGUUAGUUAAGGAUGGUGCAACUCUUCUCCUUUCCCUGUACAUUCUAUUAUUGAGUCAGGCAGCCGUGUGUGUGACAAUACAUAAAUAAAUAUGUACGAGUGUGUGUGUCUGUAUAAAUAUAUUUACAGUAAGAACACAAAGAUAUAAAGAGGUCUAAAGCUGUGUUCCAGUUUGAGGGUUGGGAGGUUAUUGCAAAAGAAAUGACCAGAACCAUCACGAUUGACUUCUUUAUCCACGGGUUCGUCAAUGAACGCCAACAUCUAUCUUUUUCUUACAUAGAUGGUGGAGCUGAACGCAAAGAUUUUCUGGAAUAAGCGAGUUCAGAGACUCAUUGGGAUCCCUUCCACCACAUUGUUCUCUCUCUCUCUCUCUCUCUGUGUGUGUGUGUGUGUGUGUAUGUGUAUAUAUAUAUAUGUAUGUAUGUAUGUAUGUGUUUAGUGUGUUACAAAGUAUGCACAUGUAGCUCUACAGCUUUGGGUCCCCAAAGGCUAGAAGUAGCCCUGUAAAUUUACAACAUUUACACACAUUUAUUGCCUACCUAAACCCAUCGCGGGGAGCAAUUUUGUUACUUGUGUCAAGUCCCAAAAAGUCCCUCCUAGGGGACAACCCUAAUAAAGUACAAAUAUGGUCAAAUUUUGAUAUGUAACACACCCUGUGGUCUUCCAUCGUACAAAUGUGGAGCUGCUCCACUGGACCUGACCACAAAAGAUGUGCCCCCUUUUCUGUCGGGCUGGGUGCCCUGUACACUCACCCUGUCAGAUAAUGCCUUUAGCACCAGUUUCCCAGUGCUUCUGAAUUUUUCCAUCUUGUCUUCUGUCCUCGUUUCCUCAUGCCAUUCGCUAUCCUCCAGACUCCAAGCUCAGUGACGAAUUGAGUGUGAAGUACCUUUAACCCCUAACAGGUUUGGCUUUCAUUGUGUGAUCUUGGGGGGGACCUAAUCUAGAACUUCAGUUCCCCUGGUGACCUCAGGUUUCUCCAUAGUCCUAAGUCUUCGGACCUGUUUAUGGUGCCAGAAAUACCCAGAUGCCUUUAUUUUACAAUGGGUAGCAGAGACCAUACAUUUCAUAAUUAACUACUAGGACUGGGAUAGCUCGGGCACUGACCUAUCUGACCACCACUGCCCUUACACUACCUUAACAUUGCUGCUACUCCUAGAUCCAGUGCCUCUUCAUUCUGAGGCCUAGUGCCCCUAUUAACCUUGGCAUACCCAUAGAGGGUGUUAAUAGUGUGAGACGUCCUGCAAAGUGUUGUCCCAAACACGGGGCACAGUGAACUGCAGCCCAGGUCCUGACAGGGUGGUCUUUCAAACAAUAUGUAUAAGUUAAACACACAUUCACAAUAAAAAAGAAACAUGAAAGCUGUGUGAAAAUGGACUGAGUCAGACAGCAGAUCAUUCCUUUGUGGCACUAAGUUGGAGUAUUUCUGUUACUAGUUUUGAAGAAGUUUUGAUUUUGUGAUCCCAAAAGAAAUGUUCUUUGGAAAUUGAAGUUAGAAUUUCAAGUUGAAAAUCAAGUGGGAAAAGGAUUUAUCUUACACACAUAUUCAGCAGAACAAAAGGGUAACAAUAUGAUGUGACUUCAUAUCGGCUCAAUCACAAGUGUCCAGGACAGGUGGGCUCAGACAUGUUUUUUUUCCUCUUGUGAUGAUAAAUAUUGUACUGACGACACUUUAUGGUGCAGUAGCCUUGGAUGUCAAAGUGAAUAUUAAUAAAUGUCUAAGUGGAAA